UCUCAUCACCUACAAAACAGACUGUGUGGGGACCGAGCGAGGUGCUCCGUUAAAGGUCCCGGUAUAGGGUAACUACUCGACAGGUGAUGACGAUGCCCAGAGAGGGCAAGCGACUUGCCCAGAGACGUAGAGCACGUCCCGUGACCAGUCACCAAUGCCUUCGUUGAUUUGCCAGGCUCUGUGUCCAGCACUACCCUGGGGACCUCAGAGGGACAGUAUGGAAGCCAACCUGGGCGUCUUUGGCCGCCGGCCCCGCACGGAACUCGAUGACGAGGACUACUACCCCCAGGGUAGCUGGGACACGGUCUUCCUGGUGGCCCUGCUGCUCCUGGGGCUGCCAGCCAACGCACUCAUGGCGUGGCUGGCUGGCUCACAGGCCCGGCAGGGAGCGGGCACGCGGCUGGCCCUGCUCCUGCUCAGCCUGGCUCUCUCUGACUUUUUGUUCCUGGCGACAGCGGUCUUCCAGAUCCUGGAAAUCCAGCACGGAGGGCACUGGCCGCUGGGGACAGCGGCCUGCCGCUUCUACUACUUCCUGUGGGGUGUGUCCUACUCCUCAGGCCUUUUCCUGCUGGCAGCCCUCAGUCUGGACCGAUGCCUGCUGGCACUCUGCCCACGCUGGUACCCAGGGCGCCGCCCGAUCCGCCUGCCUCUCUGGGUCUGCGCCGGGGUUUGGGUGCUGGCCACACUCUUCAGUGUGCCCUGGCUGGUCUUCCCCGAGGCCGUCAUCUGGUGGUACGACCUGGUCAUCUGCCUGGAUUUCUGGGACAGUGAGGAGCUGCCGCUGCGCAUGCUGGAGAUCCUGGGGGGCUUCCUGCCUUUCCUCCUGCUGCUCAUCUGCCACGUGCUCACCCAGGCCGCCUCCUGCAAGACUUGCUGCCGCCGCCAGCCGAGAGCCGCCUGCCGCGGCUUUGCCCGCGUGGCCAAGACCAUCUUGUCAGCCUAUGUGGUCCUGCGGCUGCCCUACCAGCUGGCGCAGCUGCUGUACCUAGCCUUCCUGUGGGACGUCUACCCUGGCUACCUGCUCUGGGAGGCGCUGGUCUACUCCGACUACUUGAUCCUUCUCAACAGCUGCCUCAGUCCCUUUCUCUGCCUCCUGGCCAGCGCCGACCUCCGCGCCCUACUGCGCACAGUGCUAUCCUCCUUCGCGGCAGCUCUCUGCGAGGAGCGGCCAGGCAGCUUCACGCCAGCCGAGUCGCAGACCCAGGUGGACUCUGGUGGGCAGACUGUGCCGGAGCUGGCUGCCGAGGCCCAGCCCCAGGAGAACCCCACGGCCCAGCCACAGGAGAACCCCACGGCCCAGCCACGAUCAGAUUCUAUGGCCCAACCUCAGCUGAACUCCACAGCCCAGCCACAGGCAAACCCCACAGCCCAGCCACAGUCAGGUUCUGUGGCCCAGCCACGGGCAGACCAUGAGGCCCAGCCUGCUUUGGACACUGUGGCCCAGCCACAGGCGAGCUCGGGGCCCCAGACCCCUGGACCUGCUGCCAGCCCAGCCCCCAGCCCCUGCGAUGAAGCUGCCUUUGCCCCAUCCAAGGAUCCCAGCCCAGAGGCCCCUGAGAAGCCGGCUGCGCCGGCGGCCUCUGAGGGGGAAAGCCCCAGCAGCGCCCCUCCGGAGGAGGCUCCUCGUGUGGACCCCACGUGAGAGUCCAGAAGAGCCCAGGCCUUCCAGGCAGCCAGAGGGAGAUGGAGGAACUGGCCAGUCAGAGAGGAGGGGCAUCGUGGAGGAAGUCAUCAUGGAAAGCCCCACCAGUCCCCUGGGCCUGCAGGAGGACUUGGGGGAAGUGAGAACGGAAUGGCCAAAAGUCCCAGACAGUUUGUUGUUGAACGUCACGUUUCUGUCCAGGUCCCACGAGCUCUUCCAUCACUGUCAUGUUUGUCCCCGCCCCCCUCCCAAAGUGGCCCACAGCCCUGAAUGGCCACAGCUGAUGGUGUCCACGGGGCUCUGCCCUCCGGUACCCUCGGGCCCCAUGACGGUUCAGCCUUGCGGGUGCAGGGAGGGACAGCAGAGGGGCUUGAUCUGGCUCCCUCCCACCCGUUCCUCCCUCCCCUUCUCCCUGCACCAUCCUAUAAGCUAGGCGCGAGGGUGCCAAAGGAGAAAGUCGCUGUGGAGGAAGGGUCACUCUGGAGCCAGCAGGAGCCUGCAAGCUGUGAGGGGGCAGGAUGACAGGAGCGGAGGCCAGAGCCGCCAACCCUGGGUUCCAGUCCAGCUCCGGUGGCUCUGGACAAGCUGUUUCCCUCUCUGAGCCCCCUGUUCCACCUGCCAUCGUGAGCAUUAAAUGAGAACGUGUGUGAGGCGCCUAGCAAGAGGCGCAGCACACA